AUGGUGGACUAUCCGUCGUCUAGCCGUAGGCCGGUACCUUCGCGGUCCCAGGAGUACGACAAUGCGCCGGGGCACGCACCAGGACAUGCGCCAAACUACCAGCGAGAUGCCGCCUUCUCCAACAUAUUCGGUGCUGCUCCUCCAGCCGGACGCUCCCAGACCAUGACAUCCAUGACUCCGCCUGAUCUGAUGCAUUACGAGCGAACGAGGACGAUGGACUCGAGCUUGGCACAUGUGUUGAGCGCUGGGGGCUACUAUGCAAGACCCGGGCUGCGGUCUACAUCAGGCGGUCCACCUGUGCCGUCGCCAAGCGCCCAGUAUCUGCAGCAGCAGCAGCAAAUGAGACGGUUUCCCGGCCAGCAACCGCCGCCCCGACAAGAGUCUCGUGCUCCGAUGCCUGCGGCACCAAACCGAGGAGGUCCACCAGGCUCUGGGGGACCGCCAGACCUGCGCACUCCUACCCAGCGUUAUUACCAGAGCAACGGACCAGCACCGGCGCUGAACUCGGACGCGUACCGGACGCAAUCCCUUGCCAACAUGCCUCGGCCGAAUCCACAGGCCAUGUACCAAGCGCCACCAACCCCGUACCAACAAAUGCCUGCCCAGGCUGGACGCCAACCGCAGUAUGGAGCUGGCAAUGUUGGCAGCGGUGCGGGCCAGCACCUGCAAUCCAACACCACGGCCCAUGGUCGUGUUGUGCCUGGCCGCCACCCCGAAGACCGGACGAUGUCCAUGACUGGAGGGUUUGCCUCGCACCCUGACCGGGAUGCGCAUCAGACGAUGAGCGGACGCAUUAUCCCGAACCGGAGAAUGCCGGGCUCGCCGGGCAAGAAGGAAGGCGAACAUGGACACCAGGAACACUACCACCAAGCCAUGCCGGCAGCGCCCGGUACUCAGACGAGGACGACCAGCAUGGCAUCAACGACAAGUGGCCAUAUUCCCAGCAGCGCUACUGCUGGCAGCAUAUCUGAACGCACCAUGUCCAUGGCAUCGACGCUGGCACCAUCGAUUGCAGCGCGGUCUGAAAACGGCGAGCGCCCGCCGACAGCCAAGAUUCGUCCGCCUCUUGUGUACCCGGCACUGUUGUCUCGCGUUGCCGAAGUCUUCCGGGAGAAGAUUGUCAUUGGCGACCGCACCAAGAACGAGCUCUCGUACAAGAAUGCAUUUAGCGGUGCCGAAGCUGUCGACGUUUUGUCCUUUAUUAUUCGCACGACCGACCGCAACUUAGCUCUGCUUCUGGGCCGCGCCCUCGACGCGCAGAAGUUUUUCCACGAUGUCACAUACGAACACCGGCUCAGAGACUCGACAAAUGAGAUGUACCAGUUCCGUGAAAACCUCGACGAUAUGGCCAACGAGGAGUCCGGUUCUAGUCAGAAUACAAGCAGCAGCGUCAACGGUGUGUUUGUGCUGCUGUCAGAGUGCUAUUCGCCGACGUGUACGCGCGAUCAGCUCUGUUAUUCCAUCGCGUGCCCGCGACGCCUGGAGCAAGUAUCGCGGCUCAACCUCAAGAUGGGACCUGGACUGCAGGGUGCAGAGGGAACCGGGGCCAUGGUCGGCGAAGACGACGCGGAUGUCACGGACGAGCAGAAGCUCUGGAUCAACUCGGUGCCCAAAGAGGUGGCAGACAGCACCAGCGACCGAGAGAAGAAGCGACAGGAGGUUAUAUCCGAGAUCUUCUACACAGAACGCGACUUCGUCAAGGACCUGGACUAUCUGCGCGACUUCUGGAUUCUGCCACUGCGGGCAUCCACGUCGCCUAUCCCGGCUGCCCGCCGCAUGCAUGUUGUCAGCACCAUCUUCAGCAACAUCAUCGACCCGCCAGCGAUCCGGGCAGUCAGCGCCCGAUUCGCCAAGUCGCUCACGGAGCGCCAGCAGAAGAGCCCGGUGGUGCACCACGUGGGCGAUAUAUUCCUAGAGUUUGCGCCGCUGUUCGAGCCUUUCAUCCGAUACGGUUCGCGGCAGCUGGAGGCCAAGUACGAGUUUGAGAACGAGCGCAGCAGCAACCCGGCCUUUAGCCGGUUUGUGGACGAGAUUGAGCGGCGGCGAGAAUCGCGUAAGCUGGAGCUCAACGGUUACCUGACGAAGCCGACGACCCGUCUAGCCCGUUACCCGCUGCUGCUUGAAAAUGUACUCAAGUAUACGGAGGCGGACAAUCCGGACCUGGUGGACAUCCCACGCGUUUUGGUCAUCAUCCGCGAUCUGCUCAGCCGGGUCAAUGCGGAGUCGGGCAAGGCCGAGAACCGGUUUAACCUGCGGCGCCUAGACGAGCAGCUGGAGUUCCGGCCCAACGAGAAGGUGGACUUGAAGCUGCGGGAGGCCAACCGCGAGCUGGUGUUUAAGAGCCAGCUGAAGAAGUCGCCUGCCGAUCCGCCAGACAUCGUGGCGUACCUGCUGGAUCACGCGGUGCUGCUUGUACGGACGAAGCAGGUGGGCAAGGUGGAGAAGCUCAAGGCGUACCGGCGGCCCAUCCCGCUGGAGCUGCUCGCGAUCAAGGAGAUGGACGAGGUGAUACCGAAGCAAGGAGCGGUCAAGCGGUCGUCAAGCAGCAUCCUGCCGCUGCGGGCAGGCAACUCGGAAGCAAAGAAGGGCGACGGCUGGCCCAUUACCUUCCGCCAUCUCGGCAAGGCUGGAUAUGAGCUGACGCUUUAUGCGUCGAACCAGGCUGCGCGCCAGAAGUGGCUCGAGUUUAUCGACACGGCCCAGCAGCGGCUGCGUGCCCGUGCGGACUUCCUCAACACGACGGUGAUCCCGACCAACUUCAUGACGGCCAUCAACAAGGUCAACUGCGCGGCACCUUAUGACGGUGGGCGGAAGCUCAUCUACGGGACGGACAACGGGAUCUGGGUGGCGGACCGGAAGUCGCGCGAGCCAUCGAUGCCGCGGCGGGUUGUGGAAACGCAGUCGGUCACACAGGUGGACGUGCUGGAAGAGUACCAGCUGCUGCUGGUGCUGUCGAACCGGACGCUGUUGUCGUUCCCGCUGGCGGCACUGGCAGCGCUGGGACCGGACGAUCCGACGCUGGCGAAGCGGCCGAAGAAAAUCCAAAGUCACUGCAGCUUCUUCAAGACAGGCAUCUGCCUGGGUAACCAUCUGGUGUGUUGCGUCAAGUCGUCGGCGCUCUCGACGACGGUCAAGGUGUACCAGCCGAACGACACGAUGGCCAAGGCAAAGGGCAAGAAGGGCUUUGGCAAGAUGUUCAACGCGGGCCAGGACGAGUUGAAGCCGUUCAAGGAGUUUUACAUCCCGACAGAGUCGACGUCGAUCCACUUCCUCAAGUCGAGCCUGUGUGUGGCGUCGGCGCGCGGAUUCGAGGUGGUGUCGCUGAUGACGCUGGAGACGCAAUCGCUGCUCGACCAAGCGGACACGUCGCUGGACUUUGUGGCGCGCAAGGAAAAUGUGCGGCCGAUCCACAUCGAGCGGCUCAACGGUGAAUUCCUGCUCAACUACUCAGAGUUCUCCUUCUUUGUCAACCGGAACGGAUGGCGGGCGCGGCCAGAUUGGCAGAUCGACUGGGAGGGCAACCCACAGAGCUUUGCGCUGUCAUACCCGUGGAUCCUCGCGUUUGAGCCCAACUUUAUCGAGCUGCGGCACAUUGAGACCAAGGCAGUGCACAUUGUUCCGCACAAGAACAUCCGGAUGCUCCACUGCAGCACGCACGAAAUCAUCUUCGCGUAUGAGGAUGAGCGUGGAGAAGAAGUGGUCGAGGCGCUGGACUUCUGGAAGAGCCAGCGGAAGUCGGAAUUGCCGGGCAUCGGGGAGACUUUCGAGACGACGCGUGUUAGCAGCAAUCCGCCGCAGCUGACGCUGUCACGCCUAUCCCAGUAA